CACAGCUGGCGCCGAUGCUCCCGUGAAUUUUCCUCGUUGACGUCGCCUCGGAAAUUGCGCGGCUCGCGCGGUGUCGUCUUCUGUUCUACCGCGCGUAAAAAUCGAAAGAGCACGGCCGGUCGAUUGAUUGGCGAGUUAAACACGUGUCCGCGCCGGCCUUGACUGUGACCUCUGCGGCGCGCAAAACGUUGGCGGAAGCAAGGCUGCCGCCCGCUAGACGUCACUCCGCGAUGAUAAGAGCCGGCAGCGUGAUAUUUGGUAAGAGCUGGGCGAAUUGGGCGACGCAAUGGUGACGCGACCUCGUUUCGAGCGACCUCCUGCUCGAGGCAGCGGCGUGUCCUUUCACGAGAAGGCAUGGGUCGAGCGAUACGCCGCGGCCAAGGUGCCCAAUAGUAUUGAGAUGCUGGCGCGGUUCCAGAAGAGGCAGCUGCAGGAGAAGGAGCAGAAGCUGCUGCGGCUUUACGACCAGCAGCAGCAACGCGCGCAUCAGGUCGCGCAGAGAGGCAGCGCCGGUUCCAAUGGCUCCGAUCACAGUGUCGCCGCCAAUCCAGCCAAAGUGAAACAGUCGUUCGCCGACGACAGACGACAGCAGAACGGCGUGAAAGGCAUCGACAAGAGCUAUCCAUUGGAGCCUCUGAGAAGCAGUAAGAAAAACUCGGCGAUCAGCAAAACGAGCCACGCUAAACCCACGACCGGUGGCGGUGGUGGCAGCAGCAACAGCGGCAGCGGCAGCAUCAGCAGCAGCAGCAGCAGCAGCAACAACAACAACAACAACAACAACAGCAAUAACAAUAGCAUGGCGAACCGAAAGUUAAAUUCGAUCGUCGCGUCGACGACGGCGAGGCGCGUGAUAAAGGCCGACGUGAACAGCAACGGCGGCGGCCGGGGCGUCAGCGUGCCGCAGAACUUUGGCCGACAGCAGGAGAACUCGUCCCGCGGCGAAUCGAUUAGGCAGGUCAACGGACACGCAACCAACAACGGUUAUCACUACGAGAUAAACAUCGACGAAGUGAUCGAUAACGAGGCACUGCAGCGCAACCGCAUACUGGCGAAAUUUCAGCCGGGUGACAUCGAGAGGCGACGUCGCCAGUUGAGCGGCGCCGCCGCCGCCGCCGCCGUCGACGUCGACGUCGACGGCGAAUUCCCCGAGGACGCGACGCAGCGCGACGUCGGCUCGCGCAAAUCCUCGCUGAAAAAUGCCAAGAGCAGCGGCAACCCGGCGAUCGGCGCCGCCAAGAAGACGACGAUUCCCAGGGCGUCGACGCUGAUGAAGACUACUCAGAGCGCGAGCCUGAAGGUGUGCAAAGCUCCGACGAAUCGCAGCCGCUUGGUCAUGCGACGCAAGAGCUCGCUGGUGGCGCGCAAGCCGAAGGAGAGCGCGGCUAAGCCGAUUCGCAAGAAGAGUGCGCAGCCGCCGGACGAGCGCUGCUGCGAAAUCAGCGAGCGAUGCUUCCCACCGCCGUGGAACACCUUGAAAUCGACCUCGCUCAUAUGCGAGAUCAUCAGGAAGCACAGCAAGCUGCAGCAGAUGAGGAGCAAGAGCAAGAUGGGCCGCGUAAAGAGCAUCGUGACCAAGAUCGAAAAUCAGACGAUACUCGUCAAGCCGUCGGCGGCGGUGGCGGGGUCGGCGGCUGCAGGGACGGCGGCUGCAGGAGCGGCGACCACACCCAGGUUCAUACCGGUAGCCAAAUCGAUCGAGAACAAACUGCUGGAGAUGACGAGGGGCGUCGAACCCGCGGAGUCCAAGUCGCACGAGCCCCUCGACCUGCUCAACGCCAACUUCGUCGAAGCGCUAAAGGCAGCCGAGAGCAACGAGGCGUUUGCCAAGCAAGUCGAGAGCGAGCAAGCCCGAGACGACGCCGACGCCGACGCCGACGCCGAGAGUCCGAGCGACUACCAACAGACUGCCGUCGCGAACCGAGCCGCGGAGCAGCAGCGGGACCACUCGCGAGUCUGCCCGACGUCAAAGCUCUCGGCCGAAGACGUCAAUUGCGUUCGGCGCGCGUCCUUCGAGCAGAAGCGCAUGAUGUUCGAGCUGCUCUAUCAACGCCAGCGAGUUUCGAGGCACAAUUCCGUCGAGUCGGUGCUUCGUCACUUCGACGCCAUCGACGACGAACCGGCAGCCGACGGCAAACAAUCGUCGUCUCGGCGAGCUUGUCGCAGAGGCUCCGCUUCGUCGGACACCGGCGCUCGUCGAAUCCUGAGAGGCUUCGAGCGUAGCACCAGCGCUUGGACCAUCCGGACUGCGAAGCCACCGAAGUACGGCCGGGAUGCCAAGGCGAACGGCAAGAAGAUUCUCCAGGCGAGGGAUUCGAUCGAGCUAGCGAGGGUUCCCGUGAUCACCAAUCUGCCGGCGUGCAAGAAGAAGAUUAUGUCGCAGUCGAAGAAGAGCCACGAGAAUGACGAUGCGUCGGGUUGCAGCUCGCGGCGAUCCGAUCGCCCGAGUUCGCCGGAGGUAAGCGCUAAAUUCGAUUGCUAUGUUGGCAGUGUGACGAAGGCCGAGGCGCCGGUGACGAGCUCGAAAAAGUCGGACCCACUGGCCAGGGCGACCGACACUGCGUCGCUCGUGAAGAACGUGCCGCCUUAUCCAUCGUCCAAAAGCCCUGAACACACCGAGCCGAGAAGUGGAUCGGUGGUGAAGGCAACCAGUAUGAAACUUCUCGGUCGUUUCGCUGGUUCCAACGGUGACGUGGCCAGCACUGUUCCUACCGAAACCGCCGAUCAUCCGGCCACUCAGCGAAAAUCCAGUAUCCCCUUGGAUUCGCUGCAGAGCGACGAGAAGCUGCCGAUUGCAUCACGAGUGCCGAUAACACCAGCGCCGAGGACAUCAUCGUCGACUUCGAGUGUGGGUGCGACCCGUAGCCAAGGAAGCCGUGGCACCGUCGCUACCGCUAAGACGAAGGCCCCGACGCCGGCGAUCAGGACAACUGCACCGUCCAAUGGCAGCGCCAACGCCGACGAUUCGCUGAUCACCUGCAAGAUCUGCGCUCGACGCUUCCAGCCGGAGCGCGUAGCCAAGCACGAGCAGAUCUGUGCCAAAACCGCACAAAAGAAGCGAAAGCAGUUCGACGCCGUGGGUCAUCGAGUGAAAGGCACCGAGCUCGAGUCUUUCGUACAAAAGCCCAACAAAAAGCAGGGCAAGGUAGCGGUAGCAGUGGUGAGCAAAGCGGAGCCGCAAAAAUCCAACUGGCGCCGCAAGCACGAGGACUUCAUAAACGCGAUACGCUCGGCGAAGCAGAUGCAGGCCCACGUAGCGGCCGGCGGUAAGCUGAGCGACUUGCCACCGCCGCCGCCGUCCGACACCAGCGACUACGUGCAGUGUCCUCACUGCUCGCGCAAAUUCAAUCAAGGGGCUGCCGAGCGCCACGUACCCAAGUGCGAGACCAUGCAGCACAACAAGCCCAAGCCAAGACCCAAGCGCUAAUUCUUCUCCCAGCUGCUCUCUUUCGUGUUCCCCAUGCGCGCGUUCCCACGCACACGCAUACGCUCUCUGCACUCUUAUCCCGAUUUUCGCAACUAAAACUCGGCAUCCGAUUGCCAGGUAUAUUUGCUUUGUGAUUUUUUCUCUCUCCCUCUCUCUCUCUCUCUCUUUCUCUUUCUAUAUAUUUAUCUCGUGCUAGACUGAUGUGUAAUACUAGACCAACACAAACAAAAUGAUAUAUAUUUUUCAUUAGAACAACAUAGUUAGAAAAGUGACCAACACGCAAAGCUCGACUGUUUUUAAUUAUGUACGCGAAUUUGUAUACGAAAAAGUGAUGAAAUAAAUGAACGACGAAUGAAUCAAUAAAAAAGAAAAAAAAUGAUAAACGAAUAAAAUUUUCCGUUUGUACGAGCAGCUCUGUUUCUUGUCCUGACCAAGUCUGUGAUCUUAAUAAAUUUAUAGAGGUGGAAUUGAUAUAUAAACAUACAUAUAUAUAUACAUACGGCGACUCGUCGAUUUGACAGAUUCGGGCGUGUGUUCCUUUUUUUUGCAUUGUCUAAUCAUUGAUUUUACAGCAUUUAUACCGUAGAAUCAUAAUGACAUAUUUAUCAUUUACAAAUAAACAAUUGCUUCAUCCAUGAUUGGUAUUUU